UCCGCCCCUCUCUGCCCACGUGCUGUGGCCCCCUGCCGCCGCCGCCGUCGCCGGAGACCAGCCUCGGGGGUGGGGGGGAAGCGGGGGGUGACGGUGGCCGGUAAGGCUCCUUCCCGACGAGGCGGCGAUGUCCGCGAGCCCGGAGCGCGCCGCGGCGGUAGCGGCGGCGGGGCCUCAUGCGCAGCGCAGCAGCCUGGCCUUCGGCCUCCCUCCGGCUCUCGUAGAGCGAGCCGGUGGCAAGAGCAGUAGCCGCCGAGGCCGUGAGGUCUCUGGCUUGUCUUCCUCCUUUUCUUCCUCCUUCCCCUUGGCCGUCGGGUACUGAGCCGGGGGAGGGGAGGCGGCCUGGGUGUCCGGGGCGGGAGCUGCUGCUUUGAGGAUGGGAAUCCUCUUCACCAGGAUAUGGAGACUGUUCAAUCACCAGGAGCACAAAGUUAUCAUUGUGGGUCUGGAUAAUGCAGGGAAAACCACCAUUCUUUACCAAUUUUCUAUGAAUGAAGUUGUACACACAUCUCCUACUAUAGGAAGUAAUGUAGAAGAAAUAGUAGUUAAUAAUACACGUUUCCUAAUGUGGGAUAUUGGCGGCCAAGAAUCUCUUCGUUCAUCAUGGAAUACUUAUUAUACUAACACUGAGUUUGUCAUUGUUGUUGUGGACAGUACAGACCGAGAGAGGAUUUCUGUAACUAGAGAAGAACUCUAUAAAAUGUUAGCACAUGAAGAUCUAAGGAAAGCUGGAUUGCUGAUUUUUGCUAACAAACAAGAUGUUAAAGAAUGCAUGACUGUGGCUGAAAUUUCCCAGUUUUUGAAGCUAACUUCAAUUAAAGAUCACCAGUGGCAUAUCCAGGCAUGUUGUGCUCUCACUGGUGAGGGAUUGUGCCAAGGACUUGAAUGGAUGAUGUCACGACUUAAGAUUAGAUGAUCUCUACUGACCUCUAUUUGUAGACUUUGCAUAAAUGAAGUGCUGGACUAUAAUUAACCUGAAAGCUGCAAAAAAUUAAUGGGUUAGAUAUAUUUAUAAUAAACUGACAAACUUUUUCUAUAAGAAACAAAUUAAGACCACUUCUUUGAAAAGAAAAAUGGAGUCCCGUGUUCCAGUUUGCUUUCAUAUCAGUUUCUUCUGAAGUUAGGUCUUAAAGCUGUGAUUGACAUUUCUGUCAUGAUGAAUCCUCUCAGGACAUUGUAUAGUCUGUGGUAAGUAUAAAGGGAGAGGAGGACAAUUUUAACUACAAGAGCUUUAUUAUCAGUAUAACCCUCCCUAAGUUGAAUGUUGUCUUUUUGUUCGAUUAAGUCAAAAAAACAAAUCAAUGGCACAAGUAUUCAAUUUCCACUAUUUUUUAAAUGUAAUGUUACAUAUGAGAAAGAUGUUUUGCAUCAGUUUGUAUAUGUAUUGUGUGUAUACUUCAAAUUUAGGUUAAAGGCUUUGAUUUAUAUACUAGAGAAGGGUAAAUAAUAUACCUAAACUAAGUGAAUAAUAUGCUUACUUAUACCUAGAAUGAAACCAGUACAUAGAUAUUGAUAUGUCACUUAUACUUUGUCCUUUAUGUUCUCUGUAGUGUAUUGACUUACCCAGAAAAAUUUUGCACUGCUUCUUUAAAAAAAGAAAAGAAAGCUGAAAGUUUCUAAAUUUAGGGAGUUGGGAGUGGGAGGGGGUCAGACUAAAUCAUAAACACACAAAAAGAUGUGGUACACUGGAGUGGAAUUCUUAUGCAGUAGUUGAUUUACUAUUACCGACUUCCACUAAUUUAUUUCCAGAAUGUUUUUUUUUAAGGACUUAUAUUGUCUAUUUAAGUAAGCUUGUAUUUUAAAUUAUGAGGAUACAAUUUAGGAAGUAAAUUUUGAGAAUCAAUUAUGAGAGAAAACAUUUUAAGAAAUAUUUCUGUCAGAUGGUGUGACCUUUCAAAAAUUUGGGGUUUUAGUUAGAAUUACUGUACAUGCGUUAAAUUAUAUGGCCACCGUUGAAUGAGUUUGACAUCUUUGAGAGUGAUGCAUACUGUUCUGGUCACUGAAAUGUGGAGGUUCUGCCAUUGGUUUGUAGUGGUCUGCUAUGGAAGGCAAGAAGUUUUUUUUCACUUUUUUAGUUUUAAAACAUCAGUAUUUUGAGAAUAUUUAAAAUUAUAGCUAAGUGGCUUAUUCCCACUUCUAUAUUGCUUAAUAACUAAGCAACUAGAAAAAGCAAACAUUUCUGUGUUUAUUAUGAUUUCCAAAUGGUUUUGCAUGGCAAGUGACUUUCAAAGUAAUCUAUAUUAAACUUUAUUGCCAUUUACAGUACUAUUACUCAAAGUGCUAUAAAUGUUGAAUUGAUAUUUUUAAAAAAAUUCUUAAAGUCACAGUAUAAGCCUCUUACAUAACUAUGAACAGCCUUUAUACUAACUAAUACUAUUAUCAUUUAAAAAAUUCCUGUGCAUUAUAUUGGCUUAAGUUUAAAAUCCCAACUGUUUCAAAACAGUAUAAUCCAAACUGUACAAGAAAUAACAUUAAACCUUAAUGUGAGCCUUUUCAAAAUUAAUGAAGUUUGAGGGAGAAAUAAAUGUACAUAUCAUAAAUAAUAAUAUAGAUUUAAAGGUCAUUACUACCAAAAUAUGUUAUAAAAAUAAUAAAAUAUUAACUAAGUCAGAAGCAUGUGGUUUUGGUAGAUUAUCGCUUCAGGGUUUAACAUUAAGGGCCUUGUGUUUUAUGUUGUUAUAUCCAGUAUACGUUUUCAGGCUUGAAAUGGAAGCAUAAAAAUUUUAAUUAUGUAACGGUCAGUAUGCUUUUGAAGAUGACUCAUUAUAGACCUUUAUUGAUUCAAGCUGUAUUUAUUCCCAAACUCCAGAUAUUCUUAAACUUUUUUUUGCAACCACCUGUUAGGAAAAAGAAGUUAUAGUUAUUUAUCUAAUGCAGGUGGUAUUUUAGACCUGAUUUUCAAAAACUGUAGCUGUAGUUAAAAGUUGAGACUUCGUUAAAGUAGGGGUACAUUCAGCAUCCUUCCAGUUGUUACUUUAACUUUUUUUAUUUUGGAUACUAACAUAGGUCCCUUUAAUGGCUUCCUCCAAGUCACAUUGAUUCCAGUAUGCUCUCUUCCUGAUGUUUUAUUUUCCAAAUUUAUUGUAUAUUGUUAAAUACACAAUUUAAAUAAAAGUAUAUUUUAAAUAUACUUGGUUUUACCAAGUUGGAAAGGCUUUGUGUUGUAGUCAGUGAUGAAAUAUAUCUUUGUCUAAGGACCAGUCUGGCUAAAUUUGGAGAGACUUUUGCAGUCACAGAAACUCUGGAAGAAAAAUUGUACAUCAGUGCAAGGAAUCCAUAUUGAUGAAAUCAUGGAUGCUUAAGUGAAGUAUAUUUUAAAUUAGAUUUUAAAACUAUGUGUCAAUCAAAGCUGUAGUUUUAAUAGUUUCUGCAGUUUGUUGUUGGAAUAAUGUGAGAAUGCAUAGGAUGUGUUGCACUUAGGAAAGUAAUUUUUUUCCUCUGAAACAAGCUAAAGCCCUCAUGUUUGUACACAGUUUCAGGUCUGUAACUGAAAAAUUUUCAGGUUCACAGAUGAAGACUUAAAUCUCAUCUUGAUAGUUCUUGGGUUCAUUUCAACAAUUCAUUUUAAUUCUCAGUAAAAAUAAAGGUUCACAGAUAUUCGUAAUGAUGAACUAUAAUUUUUUUUACUGUAGGUGAGUUGAAACAAAGGCCAGUUUUUAUGUAGGGUUUUUUUGGUUGUUUGUUUUUGUUUUGUGUUUUAGUAUGCAGCUUUUUUUCAUGAAAAACAAUUUUAAUUUAGGAGACUUAUGACUUGUCUUUGAAAGGAGUAUUUGCCCUCAGUAAUGGUAAGAUUAGGCAAAAACAUGUAACUGAUGUUAGUUUUCAGAGUGAUAAAUUAUACUUAUGAAAUCUCUAAAAAUACAGAUACUCUUUGAAAAUGAAAAUUCAGCUUUAACUUUAAUCUUAAUAUAAUUUAUAAAGUAGGAAAUAAAUUCCUAAUAUGUUGUCUGAGGGCUCCUAGAUAAGAAAUUUUUAGGCCUUGGUUCCAUAGCACCAUCAUUCCAAUCCAAUGCAGAUAAACCUAAGCUUGUAACUUUUAAUUCUUCCCUUUUAGAUGUAUGAUUUUCAUGGGGCAAGGAAUGCAGAGACAGGGGAGAUCUAGGUUCUAGGAUAGUUCAUGAAACACUUUCUGACUUUCAAAAAUUUGUCUGCUCUACUACCCAAUACUAUAUAACAUUGAAGUCUUAACUGUGAUGAAUGCAUGUAAUGUAGCAGUGAUAGAAUUAUGUCAUAUUUCCUCCUCCUGGCCUCUCCAAGGUGCCUGGUGAAUAGCUACAGGCUAGUGUAGUAGAAGAGCCACCUCACUGGAGUCAUGAGGUAGACUUGUGUUUUAGUUCUAGUUCAAUCUAGCUGACUUUAAGCAAGACACUUGGCCUCUCUGAGCUUCAGUUUCCUCAUAAGUAAAAUGAAGGAGAUUGAUCUCUGAGGAGAUCCCAUACUGUGAUCUAUUCUUAAUUGUUUUGAGAGAGAGGACCACGACUUAGCUGAGUAAGCUUUUUUCUUAAGUAUUAAAAUACCUAAAAAUAGAAAUUCUCCUUCUUCUAACCCUAACCCUGCAAUAUUAUGAGAAGUAUGCCAUGUUGUUGAUUCUAAAGCACAAUCAGAUUGGUAAUCUUUUAAAUUAUUGGGACACAGUUAAAAUGGCAGCAGAUUUUCUGGCUCAUGAAAUUUUAGAUGUUUCCAAUCCCUAAUCACAGAACAAGGAGAGAAAUGAAGAGCAAUCCCAAAUAUUAUAGGCAGGAAUGGCCAGUCUCUACCAGCUCAGCACUUUUUUGAUUGGACUGGAGUUAAGUUAUGUGUGUAUUAUCUUUGCCAUGUCUCUGUAAGGAAGGUAGUGUUGUGUAUGAAAGGAUGGAUGCUUGUUUAUACCGCUUGGGAACAGGAGUGGGGUUGGUAAGUAAUCAUUCAAAGGAGCUUUACAUGUACGUUAAAGUUUUUUAGCCCAAAGAUGAUGUUUUAAACUAAUGCAGUUAAGUUCCCAUGUAUUUUUUUCAUAAUGUUUAAUUAAGAAAAACUCCAAAAAAUAUUGGAGUCAGUAAAGCAUUUUACAUGAAAACAGUUUCCAUGUAACAAGCCUGAUCUUUUAUAAAAUAAACAUAAUGUAAAUGGGUCGAAGAGAAAGUUGUAUAUUUUAAGGGAAUUCUGAACUAUAACUUUGCAUGCUAUUUGUUUUUGCAUAUUAUGAGCAAGAUUUCUAAAAUUUCAUUCGUAGAAAAAACUAAAUUGUUUUCACUCUGCAACUUCCCCAAAGCAUUAAUGGUAGGAAAAAAAGAAAAGCCACAUUUUGAAACUUAAAGAUUCUAUUGACUAAAAAUUACUAUUUCUAUUAAAUCUUAAUGUGACAGGAAGAAUUAUUUGAAAUUGAACAAAAUUAAAUGCAAUCAAGAGGCAGCAAAACAUACUGGAUAGAGAACUAACCUCUGAGAUUGGAUUGGGGCCCUGAGAGGUUAAAUGAAUUGCCCAGGGUCAUCCUGUCAGUAUUUGAAACUAGGUCUUCUUGAUUCUAAAACUAUAGAGUGCAAAACAGUUGCUGUCUGCAUUGGCAGAGGGAAUUUCCAUUACCAGGAAUUCUCUCCAUUAAUCAAAUCACAAGUCCAGACCAAAAAGUGUAAACUUGAGAUAAGUUAUACAGUAUACGUGAUCAAUGGGUUAAGCCCCAUACCAUUGUACUGAAAACUUGCUUCCUGGUGCUUUUCAUGCUCAGUGUACUGUUUUUGGUAGAAAGUACUCAGAGUCUGUGUUCAAGAAUUGCCUAAAAUUUAUUUGCAACAGCUAUUAAGUCCAUCUGAUAAAUGUCAUCUUGCAUAUUAUCAUAUAUACAUUUGGCUUGUCAACGUAGCUCCCAGUGUUUUUAAGUAAUUAUCUCCUUUAUUAAAAGACAACAGCAAAAGCUUUUUAGGUCAAAGGAGCCCAGCAGAUCCUACAACAGAAUUUGCUAUGAUUAGGCAUAUGUUGGACUGAUGAUUGCCCUAAUGAGACCUGACCUUUACUAACUUAAUUCUGUUCUUAUUUUUAGAUAGCUUCAAAUCUACAGAAAAUUACACCAUAACAGAUUUCCUAUUAUGUGAAAUUUUUUGAAAGGUAUUUGAAGAUGUGGGCUAUUCUCAGUAUUUGGUAAUCUUCAUUGAACAUCAUGCAUUUUCUGAGCCAGUUUUCUUAGUGCCAAUACCUUCCUUCCUUUUCUUUAAAAGUUUACUUGGAAAUCCAACUUCUUUUAUAGAUUGAGCUUAUUUGCCAUGUCUUCUGAACAAAUGCCCCAUUUAUUUGUUGACCUUAAUGUAUUAACUAUAGACUGUAGAUAGAGGUACUUUGCUAUAUUUUCAUCAGUUUAUAUUUCGGGUUCUUUAAAAUAGAAUGCAGUUUCCUGAAAUCCCUGUUUACCUUAUUGAAAUUUGUAUUUUCUUGUUUACCCUUUUCUCUCCCAAACCUCCAAGGUGGUUCUAUUUGUUUCCUUAAAUUAACAGCCUUACUCAGCUCAGUUUCUUAUAUAGGCUACUAGUGAGUUCUUGUAAAAUAACAAUUGAUGGUUUUUUAAAAAGUGCUUUCCUCACAAAACCCUGUGAGGUCAAUCAUGGAAGUGUUAUUAUUCUGUUUUUGCAAGAUGAAGGAACCAACUUAUUAAUGGUCAGUGGUAAUAUCAGGGGCAGUAUUUGAACCUAGGUAUCCUGCUACGGCACCCUGCCUCGUAUAUUUCUAUCAUUCUCAUAGACACUGGGACCUUAUGCUAUGUGCUAGUGACUACAUCAAGCCUUUACUAGGCCAAGGCUUAAAGGCUUUAUUAGUUGCUAAGCUUGAGGAAAGUGCAUAAUGACUGACAUUUGGUGUGUGAAAUGUUUUAUUGUUGGUUAAUUUAAAAGUUCAGAAUUCACUGUUCUGUUUAAUUCAUCCAUUUUACCCAUUCUAUACUUCACUGUUGUUUGUAACAUUCUCCUUUCACAGAUUUAUCUAAGUAAUAAUACAACAAAUUGUAGUGCCUGGGAGUUUUUUGUAAUGGGCUUUAACCUAUGUUACAAAUACUCCUUUUUUGGGGGGUGGGGGGAGGGUAUACAGCAUUUUCUGUACACAUGCUAGUGUAACAAAUUUGAAUUCCUAGCAGUGAAAGCUUCUCUUGACAAGUUCUGUUCAAGAUUUGGAGAAUUUGGGUGCCUGCAUUUUGGUAAACUUGGCUGCUAAUAUCCAAACAAAUUUUAUGCUGAUAUCAUAUGGUGAGAUAGGAUUCUACUACUCAGAAUUUUUUAUUUCUUACAUAUGAAUAUGCGGCAUUAUAGAAAAUUCUGAAGAGUCUUCAGUAGGUAUUAGGAUUUAGAGAAAGUAGAAGAGAAUACUUCCAUGAGACUGAACUCAGAUUCAGUGGUGCUUAGGCAGGUGUUCCACUUCUUUAUGCUUAGAAAUUAGCAUAAUUUUGUCCAUUAAAAAAAAAAAGGCUAAAACUUACCUCUUACAGAGCAAGGAGCUUGCUUGGUGGGAAUAGCUUAUGAGAAUGCUUCACAAGUAAAUAGUAAACUACAGAAAUGUUCAGGUGUACAUAUGCAGAGAUGACAAAUCAGAUUUGACUAUUUGUAUGUUUGUACAGCUAUGAAACAUAUAAGUUACUUUUUUAAAAGCUAUUGGGAAGAUACUGACAUGGAGUAAUUUUCUUUGCCUUAUGUUGUAAAAAACAAGACUAAGUAAAAUUGUUAACCAUAUUUACUGUUUCACAUUAUAUCUUCUGUUGUAAGAAGGUUAAUUAUAAUGGCUCCAUUUCCACUGA